CAUAUGGAUGCUCUUUCGUACCUGGUUCUAAAAGAUUGUAAGUCGGAGAAGCCGUAUAAGCUAAUGAAUCCUUACUUUACGCAUCAAGUCUUGAGUAAGGAUGAUAAGGAUGAGGACGUUUGGUUUGCUGAUAGGUGUCUACCAAGUGUUGACUGGAGAGGGUUGGAAAAAGUGUUCAUACCGAUAAAUGUUGUAGGUAUGCAUUGGGUUUUAGCGGAAAUUGACCUUCAAUCAAAAGUGGUGCGUGUGUAUGACUCAAUGAAAACAAGUAGGUCAAGGUUGCAUGCCUCAAAGUUAUGCGUGAGACUUCCGCUCCUCUUCCGAGUCAUACAAGUCCACCCAGAUGUGCGUGAGGCAAAGCAAUGGAAUGCUGAGGCAGUGGCAGAUGUACCGCAACAGGAGGGAGGAACUGUUUGUGGACUCAUGGUAAUUUCUUAUACGGAGGCACUGAUGUUGGGACUACCCUUGAGCCCACAUUGCGAGUAUGCGAACGUGGCCAGAAAGAGAUGGCACUUUGCCCUGCGACUUUGGAAUUUGAGGA